UGCCAGUGCGUGAUACCACUAUCAGCGAGCGGUAUGUUUGCGCGGGGAAGCAUUUCCUCGUUGGCAGCUGCAGUGUUAAAUCUGGUCUCCUGGGUUACCUGAGAUUGUGCUCUUCGUGCCACGCUGGCAGGAAAGUGCGUAGUGUGCGUUGCAGCGAGAACAUUGGCAUAGGGAAGGAGCUGCCACUAAGGUUUCAAGGAGAAUACACCUUGUACUGCAAGUGGAUACUCUGGUGGAGUGGUUGAACAUAUGCCUUAUACAGCACGUAGGCCCGUUCACUGCUGGUGUCGGUGAUUCUUUCUCUCUAAACUAAGUAAAACACCACGUGCUAAAAUGGAAUGCGUGUGUUUUUGAGAAAUAUGUUUGAGUUGAUGAUAAGCAGGGAAAAGCUAGCAUUGCUCUGUGUUCUGGCACUCCCUGAAGCGUGUAAUAGUGACAACACCCAGACUUCUCCUGGCUCAGCUACGACCUGUGACAUGGCUACACGUUGAAUACAGUGUCUGGAUAGUUUGUGAUCAGAGAAAUGUCUGGAAGUACCCAUGCGACGGCGACGGGAUGAACCUGAUGCGGAAGAUGAGGGGCGGGGGCGGCGGCCAGGCGUCGCCGGACGACGGCGCUGCCAACUCGCAGCACACGGCGCUGGGCCUCAUGCACCUGAAGAAGCUGUUCUCAGAGUACACGCACCCCGCCCACCCCCUCAGCGACCGCGAGAAGGACGACAAGCUGUACAACAUGCUGCCCCUCUUCUGCAAGGUGUUCGGCAACAGCCCCUCCUCGGACAUGAUGGAGAAGUUCCACGACAUCGUGUCGUUCUGCCGCGAGGUGUCGCGCCUCAUGGUGACGGAGAUGAGGCGGCGGGCCUCCAACCAGUCGACGGUGGCCGCCAGCUGUGCCAUCGUCAAGUUCCUGGAGAUCGAGAACUGCGAGGAGUCGAGCAACGGCUGGAUGCUGCUGUCGGCCCUGAACCUGCUCACUGCCGGCGACGCCUCGCUCAUCCAGGUGAUGACGGCAGCGGCCAUCCCGUCGACCCUGGUCAAGUGCCUGUACCUGUUCUUCGACCUGCCGGAGAUAGAGAGCCCCGACACCGCAGAGGAGGGCAGCGACUUCACUCCCCGCGAGCGCCGCAUCCUGCUGCAGAAGAUCUUCGUGCAGGUGCUAGUGCGGCUGUGCAGCCACGCGGCCCCCGCGGAGGAGCUCGCCGGCAAGGACGACCUGUCGCUGCUCUUCUCGGCCAUCACCAGCUGGUGCUUCCCUCACAACGUCAUGUGGAGGAAGAGCGCUGCGGAGGUCCUGGUCACCCUGUCCCGCCACGGCCUCUGCCCGUCCGUCGUCGCCUACAUACACCAAAAGUGCUGCGUCGCACUGUGCAUCGACAACAUGCAGAGAGUGCCCGAGUUGUCACCCCUCGAGAUCGUCGAGAUGUUCGUGGCAGUGUUCUGCUUCCUGAAGGACUCGAGCGAAGUAUCGCAGAUGCUGCUGGAUGACUUCCGUGCCUGCCAGGGCUACCUCUUCCUGUCUGACUUCUUGCUGAAACUGGAGCAGGACUCGCGGCCCGAGGCCCAGGAAGCUAUCCGCAACCUGGUGCUGAUGGUGGCGUCCCUGACGAUGUGCGGCCACAUAGAGCUGCGUCCCAGCCAGGCCAGCAUGGGCUCCUUGUUCCACAUGCUGGGCUUCUCCCUGCCCCAGCCGUCUGGCCGCGGAGCGAGCGUGCGCAACAUCCAGGCGUUCCAAGUGCUGCAGUCAGUGUUCCUGAAGUCCAACUCGGCAGUGCUGUGCUGCACCAUCCUGGAUGCCAUCUCCAGCGUCUACCACGCAGACAAUGCCAACUACUUCAUCCUCGAGGGCCAGCACACGCUCUCGCAGUUCGCCGAGAAGAUACACCUCAAGCCACAGGAGAUCCAGGUGAAAUUCUUCAAGUUGCUGGAGUUCAUAGUGUUCCAGUUGAACUUUGUACCGUGCAAGGAGCUCAUUUCACUAUCCAUUCUGCUGAAAAGUCAGACAUCGGUCCAGUGUAGCAUCACCUGCAUACAGACUCUGCUCAACAUCCUCAGGCACAACCCCAUCUUCAAGGACGUGUACCGGGAGGUGGGCAUCCUGGAGGUGUUCGUGACGUGUCUGCAUCGCUACGCGGCCCUGCUCAAGGAGAAGCAGCAAGCCCUGGAGGAGGGGAGAGCGUACGAGAUGUGCGCGGAGAGCGAGCGGCUGGGCAUGCUGGUGAUGGAGGCACUCACGCUGCUGCUCAGCGGCAACGCCAGCAACGCCGCGGUGUUCCGGGAGAGCGGGGGCGCGCGCUGUGCCCACAACCUCGUGCCGCACGCAGACUGCCGCCACCAGGCCCUGGGGAUCGUGUGCGAGCUGAUUCUGAGCACGGGAGGGGAUGACGACAUGGGCACCUUGCUGGGGAUGAUGCACUCUGCCCCGUCCUCCGCCCUCACCCUCAAGACACACAUCCUCAAGUCGCUGCUGGGCUGCCUGCGGGAGAGCCACCGCACGCGCACGGUGUUCCGCAAGGUGGGCGGCUUCGUGUACGUGAUGAGCGUGCUGGUGUCGCUGGAGGGCUGCCUGAGGGGCGAGGACCCCCCGCGCUUCCCCCUGGACGAGCUGCUGGGCCUGCUGCACGUCGUCUUCAACACCCUGUGCGUGGCCAUGCGCUUCGAGCCCGCCAACGCCAAGUUCUUCCACCAGGAGAUCUGCAUGACGAGCCUGUGCGACACCCUGCGGCUGCUGGGCUGCUUCUCGCCGCGGCGGCAGCUGGACGAGUGUGACGACACCGUGGCUCCGCGCGAGGAGGCCACCUUCCACAACGUGUUCAGCGGCAACGUGCUGCAGCCCAGCCUGCCGUCACACAUUCCGGCACGGCUGUCGUACGCCUGCAUCGUCCUGCGUCUGCUGUACGACGUGGCCCUUGACUCGUACGACAAGCCUGCCAACUCGUCAGUCAUCUCCUUGCGUUCGCCUACUCACCGCAGACAUCAUUCCGAGAGCCGCGGGCACCCGCCCGACUCCCCGGGGGGGCGGCGCAGCACGGUCAACUCCCUGAACCUCACCCCCCCGGCGCCGGACCCCAUCGUGGUGCACCCCGGCGUGGUGGUAGCCAUGCUGCACCUGCUGCCCUCCAUCCAGCAACUCUCCGACUCUCAGGAGCUGGCCGGCCUGCAGCUGCAGGUGUUCCUGGCGGAGGUGCUCAAGUCCCUGGUGCGCUGCGAGCGCAACCAGCAGGUGAUGUGCGAGGCCGGGCUGGCGGGCCGCGUGCUGGCCGUGUGCGGCGCGGCCCUGGAGGAGGAGACACACCCCCUCCACCCCCCCUUGCAGUACAUGCUGGAGCGCCUGUCCGCCCAGAGCCUCGAGCCCUGCGACCUCAGGGACUUCCUGCGGCUGGGAGACCCGCUGUGCUCGCUGUCGCUGGACCAGAUGGAGGCAGAGUACCCCCGCCGCCCCCCGCACCGCAAGCCCGGGGGCCCGGUGCCGCUCACCCGCGUCAAGACGCUGGUGUCCAUGACCACGCCCCGCGACUUCCGCGCCCACAGCAGCGCCACCCCUCCGCCCUUCGUGGAGCUGGACAUGAGUGCGGAGGGCUUCGGCUGCCUGUACCUGCCGAGCGUGGCGCCGCAGAGCCCGUCGGGCCCCAGCGUGGUGCCCGUGGCGGGGCUGGGGGCGGCCGACACCAGCGUCGUGGGCGGCAUCGGCUCAGGGGACCGCAUGUUCCCGCCGCAGACGGGCCUCAGCUUCUCCACCUGGCUGUGCGUGGACAAGUUCUCUGACCCUCGCACGGACCCGCACUGCGUGCGCCUGCUGACGCUGGUGCGCAACCUGCACGGCCGGGACGACCACCUGGUGUGCCUGGCGGUGGUGCUGUCGGCGCGCGACAAGGCCGUCAUCGUGUGCACCCAGGAGACCGCCAUGCCCCUCAACUGCGGGGACUGGGAGCCGGAGGGGCUGGGCGACUCGGGCGCGCGCGUGUGGUGCCCCGACCUCCUGCACGAGGGGCAGUGGCACCACCUGGUGCUGGUGCUGAACCGCGCCGUGCUCAAGAACUCCUCCUUCUCGCUGUACGUGGACGGCCAGCACGUGCAGUCGCGCAAGCUGCACUACAUGUCGCAGAACCCCGGCGGGGGUGCCGCCAACCUCACCGUCGCCUCCUCCGUGUACGGCUACGUGGGCACGCCGCCCGCCUGGCGCCGCUACUCCCGCCUCUGCUGGAAGCAGGGGCCAUGCCACCUGGUGGAGGAGGUGUUCAGCCCGCAGGUGGUGGCUGCCCUGUUCCACCUGGGCCCGCACUACCUGGGCAGCCUGCAGGCCCCGCAGCCCAGCGCAUCUGAUGCAUGGGAACUUUUUCGAACAUGGGAAUGUUUGGUUCCGUUUGCCGCCACUUGGCGCCGCCACAGUUUCAGAACUGACCCGGAGGUGGGCGCAGAGGCCUCGCAGCCCCGCGGCAGAGGCAACGAACCCCUGCCCGCCCUGGUGGCCGAGGAGAAGGUCAUCUUCGGGCUGAACGCGAAGGCCGUCUCCCAGCUGACGCUCGCCAAGAUCAGGAAGGUGUAUAGCAAGGCAGACAACAAGGCCAUCGCUAAGCAGCUAGGAAUGUCUUCCCACGAGAAUGCGACGCCAAUCAGAAUACUGCACAACUCUGCUGGUCACCUCGCUGGCCCGGCCCGCUCCCUGGGAGGAGUGGUGAUUGGUUAUCUCGGGGUGAGAGUGUUCUACCCGCGGCCUGUCGUCAAGAUGGUGGAGAACGUCGGUGGCUGCUCUGUGCUCUUGGGGCUGAUCGCGAUGGCGAGGGACGUGGAGAGCCUGUACGCGGGCGUGAAGGCGCUGGUGUGCGUGGCGCGCAGCAACCGCGCCUUGCAGCUGGAGAUGGACCGGCGGCGCGGCUACCAGACGCUCGCCAUGCUGCUGCGCAGGAAGCGUGCCCUGCUCAACAGCCACAUCCUGCACCUGGCGUUCAGCCUCGUGGGCACGGUGGACAGCGGGCGCGAGAGCUCCUCCAUCCCCAACACCACGGCCUUCCAGGACCUGCUGGCCGACAUCGAGGUGUGGCACGAGGCGCCCGGGGAGCUGCAGCGCUCGCUGCUGGAGCACCUGCUGGAGCUGGUGAGCGAGUCGAGCGAGCGGCGCGCCAACCUGCGCGUGCUGCGCGACCUGCAGCUGGCGCAGCGCCUGCUGCACGUGCUGCCCGAGACGCGCGCCGCGCCCACGCACCGGGCCCUGCUGGCGCUGCUGGGUGCGCUGCUGGCCGGCCAGCCCCGCCCCCACGACCUGCUCGCGUUCGGCCAGUUCGUGGCCGCGACCCUGCCCGGGCAGGCCGGCUUCAGCGAGCGCCUGCUCGUGCUGCAGGAGGGGGGCGUCGACCAGGAGGCGGACGAGCGGUCAGUCGAGCGGGAGUGCGUGGCCCAGAUCGUGCUGCGCAACCGCUGCCUGCAGCUGCUGCACUCCUUGCUCUUCACGCCCAAGAGCUCCGUGUGCACCGCGUUCUGCGAGGAGGUGACGCAGGUGCUGGGGCUGGACUGGGUGCUGCUGUUCCUGCAAGGACACGUGCACCCCUGCAGCGUGGUGUGGGGGCUGCGCGUGCUGGUCGUGCUGUGCUCCUGCCCCUCCCUGCUGCAGCGCUUCCGCGAGGGCGGCCCGCCGGGCUGCGGCGGCUGGCUCAGCCUGCUGCGCUCCGGCCCACGCGCGCUGCUCUCCUAUCAGCUGGGCAACUCCCCACCGAAGACGUUCAGCAGUGCGCCUCGCGAGGUGUGCUCCGAGGGGCUGCACGUGCCGGGGUUCCAGCGCCUCGCCUGGCUCCUGCCCCAGCACAUAGACGUGCCCGAGGUGUACUUCCUGCUGAUGGCCCUCAUGAUGGGGCAGCCCGUCAAGCUGCUGCCCGCCGACUCCAAGCUGGACCUGGACAACGUGUGGAGCUUCAUGUUCGGGGUGCCGGCCAGCCAGUCGGUGACCAGCUUGUCGGGGCGGGUGGCGCUCUGCCCCGAGGCGGUCAUCGUGCUGCUGGCCAUGGUGCGGGCCAUGCUCAACCAGGAGGGUCGCAGUCCGGAGAGCCUGCCAGAGUGGCUGCGGGACUAUCCGGUCACCAUCAUCCAGUUCCUGUUCUUCCUGUACCACAACAUGAUCGACUUCAUGCCGAUCUUCAUGAGCGGAGAGGUCCUGGGUCCGCUGGCCGGCACGCUCUUCCCGCGCCAGGCCAACAGCCGCUCCUCUACGCCGGGGGACGACGUCAAGGUGUGCUCGUCGGCCGAGUCUCCCGGGACGGGCCAGGAGCUCAGCAACCACCCGGCCCGCAAGUUCGUGAUGGACUUCCUACGCGUGAUCGUGGUGGACUCCCUGUCGCUGCCCGUCUCCGGCAAGGGGCCCCCGGCCGUCGACCUGGUGCUAGAGGCGUCCCCAGAGCACGCCACGGCGGCCCAGCAGACGCGAUAUCAGACGGAGGUCCUGGGCACGCUCAUGGAACACCUCCUGGCGGCAGAUGUGCUGAUCGGAGAGCAGGCGGCGCUGCCGGUAGUGCCGGGCGGCGGCCUGCAGUACAUCGCGCCCAACGUCUGCUACCUGGCGGCCCGCCUCGUCGACAAGCUGUGGCAAGGCACGUUUGUGAAGGACCCGCACGAGGUGUUUGACUUCCUGGUGAAGCUGAUCUCGCAGGCCAAGCGACGGCCAGCGUCGUCGUCCGCGGAGGGCCUGUACCACUGCCUCAACCGCACCAUCCUUUUCCUGCUGUCGCGACGCACCGACAGCAUCGCCGACCAGAUGAUUGUGCUCGAGGCCUUGCACAAGCUCACCAAUCACAGAGGCCUGGUGUUCGGUGCCGGUAACCAUGAGCUGGACUUUAUUGGAUGCCUCACCUUCUGCCUCAUUCAGCUGACAACCGACGGCAAGAUCACGCUGGACGCCAACAUGCGCACCAUGUGGCACGUGUACCCGCAGACGGACAACGACGACCUCACUUCGCAGCAGGGGCACAACCUCAUGGCCGUGGCAGCGGAGCGGGUCUGGGAGGAGCUCUACGUCUGCAAGAAGCCCGCCAUCGAGGAGGUGUUCAAGAUCACUCUCAGCUCGCCCAACAACAAAGCUCCAGACUUGGAGGUGGUUCGAGACCAGGUGCAUGAGACGGCCAAUCGGCUGUGGCUGAAUUAUGUAGACACGGAAAGGAAGUCCUUUGGCCGCAUCCCUUGGGAAGUGCACAAUCAGAUACAGUCGAAAAUCCAGAAGGUGACGGGCGGGCUGACGCGGCUGGCCAGCCGCACGAAGGUGCGCAAGGAGGAGACGAUGCGCGUGCGCUGCUCCAGCGUGUCGCAGUGGGACCUGGCGGAGUGGACGCUGGGCCAGGUGGCGCUGGUGAGGGAGCUGGUGGAGCACCGCGCUCGCCAGCACGCCCACGGCCAGGCGCACAUGCAGCGCUACGUGUUCGAGGAGUGGCUGCAGACGGAGACGGAGCUGACGCGCGAGCGUGGCCUCUGGGGGCCCUGCGUCCCGUGCAGACUGGACAAGUGGAUGCUGGACAUGACGGAAGGGCCUUUCCGCAUGCGCAAGAAGAUGAUGCGCAACGAGCUGUUUUACCUGCACUACCCGUACAGGCCGGAGCUCGACUGUGGGGACAAUAAAGCUCUCAAGUACAAGGUGGCCACGAGCUACGACAGCAAGGAGUACUACCAGAAGUACCGGCCGCAGAGCUUGUUCGAGCGGGAGCGCGACCUCGUGCUGGAGGCACAGCAGGACGUCGAGGAGGUGGCCGACGUGCCGGUGUCCGACAGCAACGGUGACGACCUCCGCGAAAUAGGGUUCCAGAGCGUGCUGGAGCGGCACGCCGUGCAGAGGUCGGUGUCGGAGCCGGACGACGCGGGGGACGACGUGGACGGGGACCCGGGGGCGGGGGAGGAGGUGGAGGCCCCCGACAACCAGACGCUGCUGCGACUGCUGGAGGAGCAGGAGAAGAUCAGCCACAUGUUCCGGUGCGCGAGGAUCCAGGGGCUGGACACCACGGAGGGUCUGCUCCUGUUCGGCAAGGAGCACUUGUACGUGAUCGACGGCUUCACGCUCCUGAAGUCGCGCGAGAUCCGCGACAUAGAGUCCCUGCCGGACAGCGUGCACGAGCCCAUCCUGCCGUCGCCGGGCAGCCCGCGCCGCUCGCGCGCCAUGCGCCAGUGCUCCAAGUUCUCCUACGACGACAUCCGGGAGGUCCACAAGCGUCGCUACCUGCUGCAGCCGAUGGCUCUGGAGGUGUUCUCUGCAGAUGGCCGCAAUUACUUGCUUGCGUUCCCACGCAAGGUGCGGAACAAAGUGUACCACAGGUUCAUGACCUUCGCCACGGCCAUCGCAGACAACGCCCAGCAGUCCGUCGCCGGUCAGAAGAGAACGGCCAACGUGGAGCAAGGUGCGGGUCUUCUCUCGAAUCUCAUCGGGGAGACGUCUGUUACUCAGAGAUGGGUGAGGGGCGAGAUCUCCAACUUCCAGUACCUGAUGCACCUGAACACGCUGGCGGGCCGCUCCUACAACGACCUCAUGCAGUACCCGGUGUUCCCCUGGAUCCUGGCCGACUUCGACAGCGAGGACCUGGACCUGGCCGACCCCGCCACCUUCCGGGACUUCUCCCGCCCCAUGGGCGCCCAGAGCCCCGACCGCCUCCAGCAGUUCCGCAAGAGGUUCAAGGAGUGGGACGAUCCUCACGGGGAGACGCCGCCCUAUCAUUACGGCACCCACUACUCGUCCGCCAUGAUUGUCUGCUCCUACCUGGUGCGCAUGGAGCCUUUCACGCAGCACUUCCUGCGACUGCAGGGAGGACACUUUGACCUCGCAGACCGCAUGUUCAACUCCGUGCGAGAAGCAUGGCUGUCCGCAUCCAAGCACAAUAUGGCUGACGUCAAGGAACUCAUUCCAGAGUUCUUUUACCUGCCUGAUUUUCUAAUCAACGCCAACAAUUUCGACCUUGGCUGCAAGCAGAGCGGAGUGCAGCUGGGGGACGUGGUGUUGCCGCCCUGGGCCAAGGGGGACCCGCGGGAGUUCAUACGCGUGCACCGCGCGGCGCUGGAGUGCGACUACGUGUCCCAGCACCUGCACGAGUGGAUCGACCUCAUCUUCGGCUGCAAGCAGCAGGGCCCGGCCGCCGUCGACGCCGUCAACGUCUUCCACCACCUCUUCUACGAGGGCAACGUCGACAUUUACAGCAUCGAUGAUCCCCUGAAGAAGAACGCGACCAUCGGCUUCAUCAACAACUUUGGGCAGAUCCCGAAGCAGCUGUUCAAGAAGCCGCACCCGGCGAAGAAGAUCAGCCAGCGCAGCUCGGUGGUGGAGCCCGGCCCGAUCACGCCCGGCCUGAGCUUCUGCUCGGCCGACCGCCUCUUCUUCCACAACCUGGACAACCUGCGGCCCUCGCUGCAGCCCAUCAAGGAGCUGAAGGGCCCAGUGGGGCAGAUCAUGCAAGUGGAGAAGAGCGUGCUGGCGGUGGAGCAGAACAAGGUGCUGGUGCCGCCGGCGUACAGCAAGUACGUGGCGUGGGGGUUCGCGGACCACAGCCUGCGCAUCGGCCUCCACGACUCGGACAAGACGGCCAUGGUGUGCGAGGCCAUGACGCAGAGCAACGGGGAGAUCGUGUGCUGCGUCUGCCCCUCCGUCAAGCUGGUCGUCACUGCCGGCACCAGCUCCGUGGUAACGGUGUGGGAACACGCUCGCAAGCAACUAGUCAUCAAGCAGUGCCUCUACGGACACACGGACGCAGUCACCUGCCUCGCCUGCAGCCCCGCCUACAAUGUGGUGGUGUCCGGCUCUCGCGACUCCACUGCCAUCGUCUGGGACCUCUCGCGCCGCAUCUUCGUGCGCCAGCUGCGUGGGCACACGGCGCCUGUCGCCGCUGUCGCCAUCAACGAGCUGACCGGGGACAUAGCGACGUGCGCCGGGACGUGGCUGCACCUGUGGAGCAUCAACGGAGAGGAGCUGGCGAGCGUCAACACGUGCGUGGGGCGCGCCGACCGCAUGCAGCAGAUACUGUGCGUGGCGUUCUCCCAGACGCAGGAGUGGGACGCCCAGAACGUGGUCAUGACGGGCUCCACGGACGGCGUCGCGCGGAUGUGGUCGGUGGACUACGUGCAGGUGCCCAAAGAGGAGAGGCUGCUCAGCAAGGACGACGAGGAGAAGGACCAAGAGGCCAAGCCAGCCGGGCACGACGACUGCACGGUCAGGGAUCUGGUGAAGCAGAUAAGCCUCCCUUCCGACUUCUCAGGCGUCAUGACGAAGAGUGCCUCAGAAAGCAGCUUGUCGGAGGACGAGAAGGAAGGCCAGAAGGAGGCAGAGAGGGCACGAGUGGAGGAGAAGGAGAUGUGCAGCGACGAAGAUCCACUGGCGACGGAGGACCGGGACCCGGGCCAGGGAAAGGCGCCGGCUCACUCCCCGCCAGUGGUGCUCCGCCGCAAGGCCUCGCGCGCCAACCCCCAGUUCCGCAAGUCGGAGUGCGGGCGCAGCCGGGCGGAGAGCGAGGCGGAGCCCAGCGUGGUGGCGAGCCUGCCGGCGGGCGUGCUGUUGGACGGGCUGCGUGCCAGCAAGUCGGACACCAGCCUCACCGACUCCUUCGUCAUGGUGGGCGAGGCAGACAUCGCGGAGGCCGCUCGCUGCAAGGAGGAGGUGCGGCGACGCAGGGGCAACCCCCACAACACCCUCCGCGAAGGAUUCAGGUGGCAGCGCCAGCUGGUGUUCCGCAGCAAGCUCACGAUGCACACGGCGUACGACCGCAAGGACAACACGGAGCCGGCCUCCAUCACGGCGCUCGCCGUGUCCAGGGACCACCGCACGGUGUACGUGGGAGACGCGCGCGGCAGGGUGUUCUCGUGGAGCGUGUCGGACCAGCCGGGCCGCGGCGUCGCCGACCACUGGCUCAAGGACGAGGGCGCGGACUGCUGCGUGGCGUGCGGCGUGCGCUUCAGCCUGUACGAGCGCCGCCACCACUGCCGCAACUGCGGCCAGGUGUUCUGCUCCAGGUGCAGUCGCUUUGAGUCGGAGAUAUCCCGCCUGCGCAUCCUGAAGCCGGUGCGAGUGUGCCAGAGGUGCCACAACUCUCUGCGUGCACAGCACAGCGACAGCAGCGCAGCGUAGUAGUCCUCUGUCGGACGCUGACGACCUCCCGCCGUAGCCAUGUAUCGCCCUGUAGCCGAUCUCUGUGGAUGCAUUUACAUACCUAGUUGAUGCAUUGUGUAAGGUGACAGACAGUUGGCAGAACUGAUGAGUUUCAGUUGCCGAAAAUAGUGACAUGUCAUGACUCGCAGUGAACUUUAACAACUCACUUGUGCAUUACGUUGUCUCUCCAAAAAAUGGCCAGGCAAGUUUUUUUUUAAACAGGUGACAUAUCUGGCAUUGUAAUGAGUAAUUCUGAGUGCGAAACGGCUGUCUUGUAAUACAUACACUUGUGUGUUUGCUUAUUCUGCACUAUGGUUGUUGCAUGGCAGGAUACAUUCUCAUUUCACUUGGCGGGUGACCAAGAUGCAAUCUUGCAGGAAGAAGCCUGUGAAUGGAUGCACACUGAUGCUGUUUGUGUUAACCUUCAGUCCCGGGAUGCAGGUGCGCUUGCAGUAUCUGUGUGCCAACUUCAGAGAGUUAACACUGCGGUACAUAGUGUAUUUCAUAAAAAAUAUAGGUAAUGGGAAGAGCUUUCUCAUGCACUUGGCUGUAACUCACUUCACUAAAGUUCCCCCUCAUGCAGUUUGCCAUCUCAUUACAUUUAUUUUGGCAAAAAGCAUGUUUUUUAUAGUUAUAUUUCAGAAGUCAAGCGCUGGCAUGUCUGGUGUCCGUGCGCGGACACCAAGGCUCUCGCCUGCCCUAGACCCUCGCAGCGUCUACAUGCAGACUGGCCAGUAUUAGUGGAGAGCAUCAACUUCUCAAACUGUUCCUCCUUGUUUAUGUUAAUGUGGUUAGUUGUAUAGGGUAUAUUAUUUUCAAGAUGUAAUAAGGAAUGUUCAAUUUUGUUUGUGUGAGAGAGUAAUUUUUUUUAUAUAUAUUUCUCAGAAUUUUUUGUUGGCAAGAAAAAUUUCCUGUGAUCUUAUCAUAGAUGUAGCAUUUAGCUUAAAGUUUAAAAUGUACCGGUACUAUUUAUGACGUAGUUAUGAUAUAUGAAGAGAAAGCCCACACGUGCAAUUUCUUAAUGUGAACCAAGAAAUAUUUAUUCAAAAUGUAAGUACAUAAAUAGAAAUGUUUUAAUUUCUUGUAUAUUUUGUUAGGAAUCAGUGUGUGUUUUCCAAAAUUGUGAUGCGUGAGCAAGAGCACAUUAGUUGUAAAUUAGAUGCCAUUGUAUGUAAAAACUAUGUACCUCUUUGAAGUGUAAUUGAUUGACUUUUGCCACUUCAAAUAUUUCUAUCAACUGAGUAAAUGUUAUCUUAAGAGCUGGACUGACGACUUCACCAGUCAUGUUGAUUUUACCAUUACUUACGUUUAUGCAGAUUUCCGAAAUUGGCAAGGCGUUAUGAAAUUGCUUGGCCCUACUAUUUGUCAGCAAUUUUCUGAACCAGGUUAUACAGGUUCAUGUUUCCAAACAACAAACAAUGAAAAUUCUUAGUAAAAAGAAAUUUCUUGCUUUUCACUACAGCACUGCUAAAAUGACUAUAAUGAAUGACAUAUUUUUGACAUAUCAUUCAAUAAAUACGUCAUAACUCAAAAACUGCAAUUUUUCAGGAGAAGCAUUUGAAAGCUUAAAGGGCUGUCACUUCAAAUCAGAAAUAUUUUCAAACACUACAUUUUAAUACUUAACAAAAUAAACCAUUGUAGUAAUCAUGAGUGUAUCAAAGUUAUUUUAGCUAUUACCAAAAAUACAUAAUGAGCCUCAAAGUAACCUUCAUGCACACUUAAGUCAUUGUUACAAAAAAAAAUGCUUAAAGUAUGACACACAUCAAAAUGUGACAUUCUUGACAGAAAUUAUAAUCAUUUUGGUGAUAGUUAUGUCACCAAAAUCCAUCUCUCCUGUAAUAGUCUAACUGUAAUAGUAUCAUGUAGUACACCAUAAUGUAGGUGUCACCCUGUGGAUCAUCAUAACUAAACUGAAGAUGAUUACCAUGCUUUUUUACAUAUAAAUGAGAUUACAGGCACACAGAAGUGUGUGUAAGCCUUUGGGAUUGCAUUCUUUGCCAGUAAAUCUUGAGAAGGUCUUCUUUCAAUCUUCUUAGGAGCUAGGCUGGGUUGGGGAAGAAAUUCUGGCUUUAGAGUUAGGUUUUCAAUUAGCUUCCUUUUCUUAGUUACAAUCACUUAUUGAAAAUCCUUGUAAAAUAUAGAAUAUGGAGAAUCACUCUUAACUUUGAUGACUUUCACAUCCAUCAGUUUCACUGCUAUCAGGUUUACAGGACCAACCACAGUAGCAAUUUGUUUCUCAUCAUAAGAAUCUUCAUGGCAUAAUUUGUGCACAUGAAAAGGCUCACCUUGUUUCUGUGCAGCUUGAACAGCAACUGUAAGUCCUUCAGUGGUAUGGAUAGGUCCACCUCUCAGUUGGCAUUUCACCUGCCUUUCAGUCCGGGAAAGACUUUGAUCAAAUAUUUAUGGGUUAUGGAUUUUAUUCCAAGAGAACUUACAGCAUAAAAAGCUGUUGUUGGCCAGCACAGUUAUCGAAGUAGGAGUACGAUGACUUCAUCAUUGGUAGUGUUAGCUUUUUGCUCUAAGUACAUUAACACACAUGAGCCUAAUUCAUUCACUCCCCGAUGACCAUUUGACUCAUCCCACACAUAGCAACCACAUGCAUUGAGGUCAUAAAUAGUAAAUUUUAAGAAUUAAGUUUUGAUUUAUAAUAAAAUUUGGAAGUAUCACAGUUUGGCAACUAUUCAUAUUCUGCCACUAUACCAUUGGAGUUAUCUUUAUCAUGCUUUUUUUCUGCCUUGGACAAAAUGUCAUCAACCAAAUGUUCAUCGUAUUAUGCUUUCAGGUGUUCCUUUUCUUGAUAAUCAACAUUUUUUUAGGCAAUGCAUGUUGCACAAAAAUCUUUCUUAGGCACACAGAAAGAUAAAUUGUACUUUUGUGUGAACACGCGAUGGAACACUGCACCGGCAUAGCUUCCGUGUGGUUCCUUUUAUUCUUCGCAGGUGGCACUAUAGUCCUGAUGAAUGGCAGCAAGUGACUUGCUUCCAUUUAUAAACUGUUUUGAAGUAUUAGUCCUGGUGUAACAACUUUCAGUUUUUUAAGUAGGUACGGCGUCAGUAUGCUGCAGAAUACCUGCACAUAUACAUGGAUCCAGUUUUUUUCUGUUUGCCGUGUUUUCCUCUUUGAUUUGGCUCAAGUAGAGUAUCCGCGAGUUUGUUGUUUUUCUACUGAACUUUUCAGAUUGGCAAAUCAUUAAUAUCAUAGGUAUUUUUUUAAAAAAAUAAUGUUUUACAAACUUAAACUUCUUCACCAUUAAGGCAAAAAUAUAAUCCAUUAUUAUGUUGCUGUAAAGAUCUUGCUGCAUCCAACAGAAUUCAGUACAUAACUUCAAACUGAAAUGAUGUCUGUGAUUUGUAGCAAUAAUGUAGUGAGUUGGAACAAGACAAAUAAAAUGAUUUGUUGGGGCUAGAAAAUCAUAUUUUUUUAUGAUACACAUGCAACCUGAGUGGAUUUUCAGUGCAUACUGUAUUAUGUCUAAACAAUGCAUUAUGCAUAAUAUACUUACUUUCUUGGAAAUUAUUGUCCCCCAUCUUCUCUCCUAGAGUCCCAAUGAUUUUCAUAACUUUUGCCUUAAAAAAUUUAAUUUUUUAGUUUGAGGGAUUUCAUUGUGUAUAAAAAAUGUGCAAUUUGUCCAUUGGAAUGCUUUUCUGUCAGAAAAAUAUAACUCACCAUAAAAAUAAAAAAGAUUUUCAAUAAUUCAAUGUGUUAUUGCAAUAUUAUAGAGUCAUUCUCUGUCAUUCUUACUAGAUAGUAGAUAGGUACUAUAAUAAAAUGUAUCAUGGCUGGUGGUGAGGUGUGGAAUGGCAGUUAGCUGUUGUUUAGUUCAUUUACUUAAGAGAGUUCACAUGUAGAAAAAUAUUCAUAUUGACCACAUGCUAGCUUGCAACUGAACAUAAAUUUAUGCACUCUUUCAGUAACCAAGACAACUACUCUUUUAGUAUCAAAUUUUACCACAGUGGUAUGCUACCAGGAGUUAUUUACGUUGCUCUCAUAUGUAGACAUUAAUAAACAAAUUAAUUUGUUUUAAAAUCAAUUUGUAAGUUUACCUAUUCCAUUGAAUAUUUUUUGUGUUUAUUUAGUGCUUACACUCUUGUUCAAUGAAGGAGGAGUAAGAAAAGUAAGAAUAUGCCUUGCCCUACCCUAUGACUAUUCAUGUGCCGUAGUCUUUGUCCCAUUAAAUGUCCUGUUUUAAUGAAUUGCAGCAUCAGACUUCCUUCGCCUCUUCCCUCCUUUCUUCUGAGGUGUAGGUUUGUACCAUUUUGAAGACAUCAUAUUGUGACUGAUAAUACUGGUUCAAGAAGUCACCACAGAGGACAUAAUCUUUGCUGUGUUAAAUUAGUAUUGCAGUAUUAACGGGCCACCAAGAGUUUGAGACGAUGACUCACGGACGUAUCUCUAGACGCUAGCUUACUCAGUUGAGAUGCUGAAUGUACUGUGGUGUUGACUGGUUAAGAGGGAGUCUGCUGUAAUACAGCAUGAGCCCAAAUUAAUGCUUGUUUGGAGACAUAACUGACACUUUUGUCAUUGAUGCGGCUCAUUGCGUGUCUGUAAAACAGCAUACAUCGCACGUGUGUAAGUUAAGUUUUCAGGCUUCCUCAAUCAAGACUUAAGAGUUAAAUGUUUGAAUCACAAUUUGUUUUGGUGCAUCUUUAGCUGCUGUAUGCUUUAGUUUAUGUUGUCGAGUUUGACAUUUGAAGGAGUAGGAUCACUGCAGUCAUGUGACUGUAAGCUGAUGGUGGCCAGUUUUUUUUAAAAACUUAAUCACAGGAUAUGAAGUGAAAGAAAUUUGCGGAGAUCUAUUGAGCAGUAUAAAAUAACCUGGGCAGAAAACAUUUAGCACAAGUGAGAGACUAUAGUGUGUCAAUUCAAAGAAUUAAAAGUAGUUGCUAAAGCCUAAAUUACAUUGGUAUACUCAGCUAUGAAAUCACUUAUAACAAGCAAACUUGCUCUGUUAAAUCACUGUGUUUAGUUAAUGCACCACAUUCUGUAUUACAGCAUGUUGAGUUGAAGAUAGAUCUCAUUUUUUUGCUGCUCAGUGGCCUUUACUGUUUCAUGAGUGAAGUGAAGUCUGAAUAUGUUGUUAAAAAUAAAUUAUACUGCCAUUUGUCUUUAAGUAUAAUGGUUCAAACUAAUUACUAGCUAACAGCAUGAAUGACUCCAGGACUAAAAUAUAACUUCAUAUAAAACCUCUUGUGAGUGGGUAAGCAAGUAUCACUCACCUUUUGUGACCAACACUCUGAACUCUCUCAUGGACAAUGGUGUAUUUUUUGAUGUAGGACAUUAGGUGGUAAAAUUGUUCAAUUUAAUCGAGACUUACAAACAAUUUCUUUCAGGACAAAAUGACUGUAAGCCAGGCUGUUCAUUUGUGUUGGCAGAGAUGUUUGGCAGAAUUUUAUUCCAAGUUUAUUGCUCGUAUUAGCUGUAACGUGCUACACCAUGUGUUUCACUGCAGCCGUAUUGAUACUCCCGCCAUUCCGCUUCUCCUUACUGGAAGGCUUAAAGGCUUACACAUUCAUCUUCUCUCAUUAGCUAAUGAAAAAACUGAGUCGAAUGAGAAAGCUUUAUGGAGAGAUCAACGAUUGUGCAAUUAAUCGUAAGUUCCACAGAUUGGUUUUCAUUAUGUAAAAUGUAUAUUUAUUUUUUGGUUGUGAUUGAGUUUUUACUGAAAUAUUCUUCCGUUUUUUUUUAUUGUGAUUUUAAUAGGAUUUGUGUUUAUGAAGACCAAAGAAUGCCAUGGAUUUUGUACUGGGUGAGAACACUCAGCAAUAUCAGUAACUAAAGCAUUACUAAUGAAAGAUUGGCUCCUGCAUGUGUAGUGUAGUAGGUAAUCAGUCCAGCUCUAGACUUCUUGGAAGUUAUUUUCCAAUGCCAUUAUGUGUGCACUAAUUGAAAGUAUUAUUUAUGUAGCUAGUGAAAUAUUUAUGUUGGUGAUAUCCGAUAUGUCAUCGCCUCAUCGGGGUUCCUCCGCGUUUUAGAAGGAGGUUUGUGUUUUGUUGCUUUGGCUGUUAUUUUCUGUCAGCACAAACUAACACUAGAAAUAAAGUGUAUUUGUUUACUGUAUUUACACGUAGGCUUAACUAGAUUCCUUUUGGGGAAGGGGGUACAAGCUGCUAUUUAAAAUAAGUGCCAUAUCAGAGUUUGCAUUACAUUGUUUUCUACAUGAGAGACGAAGUUGCUGUUGAAACAGUUUGACCUGGAAAAUGGUUUUGCUUGUUUACCAGUAAAGACACCAGGCAUUAUGUACUCCCUCCUCCGACACCCUACCACUAGUCAAGUAAGUUCAUAACUACAGCCAGGGAUAAAGGCUGGGUCCACAAGACCCGUUGAUGACAAUAUAGACAGAUCUGUAAACACUUUGUUUGGCAUUUGCUAUAUUAUCAGGGAAUUCUAUUUCACAUCAGCAGUAUGAUAUCCAGUUUUCUGUUUGAAUUCUUAACUACAUUAUUUAAAUGAAUUAUGAAAUACAAAUUGUUGUUGAUGCUUCUAUUUUUUUUUUGUAGUAUACUUAAUUUUGUACUAUGUAUUUACUUUGUAGAAAAUUUUUUGAAGUUUUGUUAAGAAGUUUUUAAUUAUGUUUACGUGUUAAAGAUUUUAUUUCAAGAAAAUGUGUAUGUGCUUGUAUACAUAUGUUAAAUAGCAUUUACUGUCCAUAAUUUGGAAAUAUAAUGCCUAAAUAAAUUGUGCAGAUAAAUAUUAUGUUGUAAUUUUCCCUGAACCUUGAUAUAAUCUAGAUCAAAUCAUUUUUUAAAACAACCUUUGAAAAAAAACAAAAGACAGAAUCUUUCAGUACUCGCCAGUGAUGUAUAAACACCUUACAUCUGUAAUGAGCAAAUUCAUGUGUUCUCAUGUUGCAAAUAAACGUAUAAUAUGAAG